UAUGUGAGAAGGCUCAGUCAAGGUAUAAAAGAAAACGCAACUCAUUUCCUGACAGCCGAGGAAGGUCAGGCCAUGUCCACACGACUGGCUGGAGCACGCUGUGGUUGCCUGAUGUGAUUUCUCUGGAUCUGAGGAAUCAUUCUGUGAUCUCCACAAGGAUUGAAGCAGGAAGGGAAGGAAAUUCACAGGCAAAGCUCCCACCGAAUCAACCAUGACCCGAUAUAUUGCUCGAAUCGGAAAAUUCAAUUCAGGAGACAGCAACAUCCCGCCUCAAGGUGUUAGCGUGGAUAUGGGGGAGGUUGAUUACGAGAAAGAGAAGGACAAGGGCAAAAUGUCAUUCUACAAUCCGAUGGACCCCGUGCCAAAAUUUGAAUUUUAUGCCAAAGACACAUGGUCGGGACGUAUAAAAAGCACCAGACCGUCACUGGAUCUUCUGCGCAAACCACCGGACACAGAUGAUCUUCCUCCACCACCAGAGGACGACGGACGGCCCAAAGUCAAGCUUGUUCGCUUUGGAUGGGUUCUGGGAGUCAUGAUCCGCUGUAUGUUGAACAUCUGGGGAGUCAUCAUGUAUCUGCGGCUGCCGUGGAUCACGUCUCAAGCUGGAAUCAUUCUGACCUGCGUCAUUAUCCUCAUGUCUGUCACCAUCACAACGAUUACAGCAACCUCAGUGUCUGCCAUCUCCACUAACGGGAAGGUCUACUCCGGUGGCACAUACUUCAUGAUCUCUCGGAGUCUGGGUCCGGAGCUCGGAGCGCCCAUCGGUUUGCUCUUUGCAUUUGCUAAUGCUCUCGCCUGUUCUCUCAACACAGUGGGGUUCGCCGAGACCGUCAGAGAUGUGCUUAAAGACAAUAACGCUCAGAUGGUGGACGAUGUCAAUGACGUGAGGAUCAUUGGGACGAUUACUGUCGUCCUCCUGCUCUGCAUCACAUUUGGUGGCAUGGCUUGGGAGGCAAAGGCUCAGAUCCUGUUCUUCAUCGCACUCUUGCUCUCCUUAGUUAAUUAUUUUGUAGGGACGUUCAUUCCCCCUGGCAUAGAGAAGCAGGCUAUGGGAGUUUUUGGCUACCGUGCUGAGAUUUUCGUGGAGAAUCUGCUGCCUUCCUUCCGAGGCAAAGAUGGAUCUUUCUUCAGGAUGUUUUCCAUCUUCUUCCCUUCUGCCACAGGAAUUCUGUCUGGAGUCAACAUCUGUGGAGAUCUCAAGGAUCCAUCGGGUGGGAUUCCUAAAGGGACCCUUCUGGCCAUAUUCUGGACCACCUUGAGCUAUUUAUUGAUCUUAAUCACUGUUGCUGCAACUGUUGUUAGAGAUGCUUCUGGAAGUUUGAACGAUAGCUUAGCGCUCAAUUCUUCGAUCCACUGCAGUGGUUUGGGCUGUAAAUUUGGCUGGAAUUUUGACGAGUGUGAGCAGAACCACACAUGUAACUUUGGACUGGCAAACCAUUUCCAGAUUCUUGCCACAGUUUCAGGUUCUGGCCAUUUGAUCACCAUCGGGAUCUUUGCCGCCACCUUGUCAUCAGCGCUGGGUUUCUUGGUUUCUGCUCCUAAAAUUUUCCAGUGUUUGUGUAAUGAUAACAUCUACCCCUACAUCGGCUUCUUUGGGAAAGGCUAUGGUAAAAACAACGAGCCUCUGCGAGGCUACAUGCUCAUGUUCAUCAUCGCAUUAGCUUUCAUCCUCAUCGGUGACCUGAACACUAUCGCUCCUCUGAUCUCCAACUUCUUCCUCUGCUCUUAUGGACUCAUCAACUUCAGCUGCUUCCACGCAACGGUCACCAAAUCACCUGGUUGGCGGCCGCAGUAUCGUUACUUCAAUCCAUGGACAUCUCUGUUUGCUGCGUUCUUGUCUUUCGUCCUCAUGUUUUUGUUCACGUGGUGGGCCGCUCUUGUCACUUUCGCUAUUGUUCUCUGUCUCUUAGGCUACGUCACCUAUAAAAAACCUCAUGUGAACUGGGGAACGUCUUAUCAGGCGAGUUUCUACAACAUGGCUUUGUCCUUCUCAAUGUCUCUCUCUGGUGUUGAAGACCAUGUCAAAAACUUCAGGCCUCAGUGUCUCGUUCUGACUGGCCCUCCGAACUUUCGCCCCGCUCUGGUGGACUUUGUGGGAACUUUCACCAAAAACAUCAGCCUGAUGAUCUGCGGGAAUAUUAUCAUGGAGGAUGAGAAGUCCAGUUUUCCACAGCACAGCACUGAUUUGCUGGUGGACUGGCUGAAUCAGAGGAAAGUUCGCUCUUUCUAUACAUCCUUCACAGCUGAAAGUCUGAAAGAGGGCGCACAUCAUCUCAUGCAGGCUUCAGGUCUAGGUAAGCUGAAACCCAACACUCUGGUUUUGGGAUACAAGAUGAACUGGCAGGAAAGUAAACCAGAGAGCUUACAGGACUAUGUUGACACCAUCAGCGACGCAUUCGACUCUAGCUACGGCAUCGCGAUUCUGAGAAUGAUGGACGGACUGGAUGUAAUGGAUGAUUUGCACAGUGCAGGCAGAUCAUCUGCAAUUGAUAACCCGGCAUUUGACGCAGACGAAGUCCCACAGUCUGAAAAGGAUGAGACUGAUAGGAAUUCAGAUGCUUCUGACGAUGGCUCAAAUGAGCAGGUCAGAUCGGUGUUUCAGAUGAAACAGGGCAGGAAGAGCAUCGACAUCUACUGGAUCUCUGAUGAUGGAGGUCUGACUCUUCUAGUUCCAUAUUUGUUGACAAGAAGAAACCGUUGGAAAAAGAGCAAACUCAGAGUGUUCAUCUUAGGAGGCCGAGAAACCAUGGAGGACGACCGUAAAGACAUGAAGAUGCUGCUAAAGAGGUUCCGACUGGAGAUCGAGGACAUCAUUGUGAUAACAGACGUGGAUAAACCUCCUCUAGCUAAAAAUUUGCAGCGGUACGAGGAAUACAUCGCCCCCUUCAGGCUGAGUGAAGAACAGUCUGGAGGAGAUGUACAGGAGCUCAAGAGACUGAGUCCAUGGAAAGUGUCCGACAAAGACCUGGAGGCCAUAAAACCAAAGGUACAGAGGACAGUGAGACUAAAUGAGAUAAUCAAGAAGAACUCAAUUAAUGCUGCUCUGGUUGUAAUUUCCCUCCCAGUCCCUGAUGUCACCUGUCCCAGCUCUCUCUAUAUGUCCUGGCUGGACGUGCUCAGCUACGGCAUCCACUGUCCCGUCCUGCUCAUACGAGGGAACCAGGAGAACGUCAUGACCUUCUACUGCCAGUGAAUGUGACUGUUCAUCAUUAAACACUUCUCUUACUGCAUGUAAAUCUGCUGUCAGUUUCAGUGAUGUCAAGAUGCAGAACUGAAAUCAGCCGCAUAAUCCUAUUUUACAAUGACUGUGGAAUAUAUUGCACAUUAUUGAUGAUACAUGUUAAUGAUUUGACUAGAAAGAAUAGAAGAGAAAUGGGGAAGCACUCUGUCUCUGAUCUCUGGAUCUUUGAUUAAUGCUUGAGGUUUCAUGAAAUUUAAACAAGACACAAUUAUAAUAUGAUAAAAUAAGUUUAUUCGUUCUUGCUUUGUAAAAUUACAUUUAAACAUUAUAAUGAAUAAUAUAGAAGGUUACAUUUUGACUGCAAAUAAACAGUAGAUUACCGUAU